AUGUCACGGUACCGAAUGAGUGAAUCUUUUAAGGAGUGGCAUACGGAAAACCAUCAGAACUUAUCGGAUUUGUGGUUUGGCUUCUUGGAUUACUUCAGUCAGCGAUUCGAUUUUGCGUCCGAAGUGAUACAGAUACGCAGAAGGGAGCCAAUAAGCAAGUUGGAUAAAGGAUGGCAAGGUAGACCGAUAGCAAUUGAAGACCCGUUCGAGUUGCAGCAUAAUUUGUCAUCGGGAAAUAAUCUCUUCUCGGCUUGUCACGUCAACUCGGGACCACCAUUGGCUCGCAAUUGCUGUCAUCGAUGCAAACAAAUCGGUCAUUUCGUCGAAAAUUGUCCACUCUCACAGCAAAAAGGUCACAGACGGAGAAGUGGAACUACUACGAACAAUCAGCCAUCAACACCAUCAAAAGAAGCGUAUGCAAUGCGACAAACACACACGGCCGCAGUGAAUCGACCAAAAGAACUCGUUAUCAGAUCUGCGCCUGCCAGUGCUGACAACCAAAGACCGCUGCUACAAACGCCAAACAACAAUAUUUUUACGACAACCGGACGGGGAAUGUCUUCAGUGGGGGGUUUUGGUGUCAGACAGCGGCAACGACUGAACAGCAACGGACAA